GACAGGCACGCGACGAGAUGGACGGACACCUGCUAGUGACUUUGUUUUUCAGAGUGAUCUGCAAGGAUACCGUGGAGAGCAACAGGCCAGUGGUACUCGGGGGGCAUCACCGGACAGAGGGAUGGUCGCCGGAUCGAGGGACAGGAGGCCAGGUAGUAUGUUAUGUUUUUACUGCCAGCGGCCAGGUCACAUGAAGUUACACUGUCCAUUGCGUCUGCAGAAGAAAGAGGGGGGUCAGGGCUCCCCACCUCCGUAUUCAAAAAACGGGGGGAGAAAGGGGAACAAUUAGAUGUUUUCCCUUGUGUAGCUCCUCAUAGUACAGGUGAAGGGGCUCUGGCUAGGGCAGCAGUUUCUCCUUUAGGAGAAGGGAGAGUUAUCACUGUACAGUCUUUUGGUACAGGGUUACUGUUGUUUGACUUAGUAGUUUUUGGUGAACAAACGAAGGUCGUGUUUGAUACGGCAGGGGAGUGUUCACUAGUUUGUAGUAGUUUUCUACAGGGAAGGAAAUUAGAGGUAAGAGAUUCCGAUCUUAAGGUCAGAUGGGGUGGUGUCACUGACAUAGGCCAAAGAGGGGAUGUUGAUAUUCCACUGGAGUUUGGGCCAGUCAAGGUAAAUAAUUCAUUUUUAGUGGCGGAUUCAUGGAAUCUGCCAGGGAAGCUGUUGUUAGGAUGUGAUUUUAUUAGGACACAUCAGGUAGUAUUUGUUAACCAUCCACCUCAACCCAUCCAACUGUCGAUCGAGGGUCAACAGGUGGAUGUGGUAUGAAGUCCCGAGGCAGGCUCAAUUGCUACCGAGGCUUGAGGUUGUA